GAAACCUUCUUGACAGACAGUGUGCACCCGUAAACUCUGUCAUCUCAAUCUCACCAAGAAAAGUAAAAUCAAUUCUUCAAUCUCAUAUUCCACCUCGAUCGUUGAUGCUUGAAACCCUAACGAUCGCAAGAUUAGUUUAAUUUAGCUUCUACAUAAGGAAGCCACUCUACUCUUUGAGGGUGAAGGUCGGGUCUUUGUACACUCCUCGGCACGCACGUGAUCCCACAUUCAAGUGCAUAUGAUGGUUGUUUAGUUUGGUGUAUAUGCAAGGAAGCCUGUAACAUGAUGUGUGUUUAUGAAUCUAUGCAUAUAUUUGAAUCAUGGGUCAGUCACUUGGGUGCAUUCAAGUGCAGCAGUCUAGUGUAGCAGUUAAAGAACAUUUUGGCAAGUUCGAUGACGUACUUCAGCCUGGUUGUCACUGUUUGCCUUGGUGUUUGGGGUAUCGGCUCGCUGGGAAAUUGUCGUUGCGUGUGAAUCAGCUUGAUGUUCAUUGUGAGACAAAAACAAAGGACAAUGUCUUUGUUACCAUGGUUGCUUCUAUACAGUAUCGUGCCUUGUCUGAUAAGGCUGCUGAUGCUUUCUACAAGCUCUCAAACACAAAGCAACAAAUUCAAGCUUAUGUUUUCGAUGUAAUUAGGGCUAGUGUACCGAAGCUGCAAUUGGAUGACGUUUUUCUGCAGAAGGAUGAUAUAGCUAGAGGUGUGGAAGAGGAGCUUGAAAAGGCAAUGUCCGGUUAUGGUUUUGAAAUCGUGCAAACUUUGAUCGUUGAUAUAGAACCUGAUCCACAUGUAAAGAGAUCCAUGAACGAGAUCAAUGCAGCUGCCCGAAUGAGAGUUGCUGCAAACGAAAAGGCGGAAGCGGAAAAGAUUCUGCAAAUCAAGCGUGCAGAAGGAGAAGCGGAAUCCAAAUACCUAUCUGGGCUCGGUAUCGCUAGGCAGCGGCAAGCCAUCGUGGACGGUCUUAGGGACAGCGUGCUUGCGUUUUCUAAUAACGUGCCGGGGACAUCGGCCAAGGAUGUUAUGGACAUGGUGUUGCUAACUCAAUAUUUCGACACCAUGAAAGAGAUUGGAGCUUCAUCUAAAUCAUCUGCUGUUUUUCUUCCUCAUGGACCUGGAGCAGUGAAAGAUAUAGCCUCGCAAAUCCGCGAGGGUCUCCUUCAAGCCGAAAGUGUCCACGAAUAGUCUACAGGUGCGUUUUUUCGACCUUAUAUUGAAAAGUGUGCUCGGAUAUGUAAAUAUCGUGAUCUCAAUAAAAAAUUUAGGGUAUUAGGAUUAUGUAAAGAAGAUGCAAAUAUGGGUGUGUAUAUGUUCUGAUCCUUCGUAAUACUUGAUCGAUGUCAAACCGUGUUCCGCUUAUUGAAACCGAGUUGAUUGAGGCUUUCUUACGAUAAUCGUAGGUCCCGUUUAAUUUGCGGAAAUGGUGGGUUUAGUAGAGCAUUUGGAACUGAAUUACAUUCCUAUCUCGUAUUUGGUUUAAUGGAAAGUCCGGAAUUGAAAUCCCACAAA